CCCAUUACUGGAAUCUGUGAGAGUACAGGGCUGUUGAGAGAGAGACAGGAUUGUGAAUCUGUGAGAGUGCAGCGCUGUUGAGAGAGAGACAGGAUUGUGAAUCUGUGAGAGUGCAGCGCUGUUGAGAGACAGGAUUGUGAAUCUGUGAGAGUGCAGCGCUGUUGAGAGACAGAGUGUAGAAUGAAGACUCCUCUGCUGUUGCUCUGCAUUGCUAGUCUAUGGGCUGCCUCAGUCCAGAUCACAGAAGCUAAAAACCUUGGAGUCACCCUGGACCCCUGCCUCUCUUAUUCCCAGCACAUCUCCACUCUGGCACGCACUUGCAGAUUCUUCCUGAGCAACAUCCGAAGAAUCCGACCCUUCCUCACCAACUAUGCUACCCAGCUCCUGGUCCAGGCCCUGGUACUCUCCCGCCUAGACUACUGCAACUCCCUCCUGGCUGGCCUCCCUGCGUCCGCCACCCGUCCGCUCCAGCUCAUCCAGAACUCUGCUGCUCGCCUGGUGUUCUCUCUACCUCGCUUCGCCCACGCUACUCCACUACUCCGCUCGCUCCACUGGCUCCCGAUCACCGCUCGCAUCCAGUUCAAGACUCUUGUACUAGCCUACAGAUGCCUUGAUCAGACUGCACCCAGCUACCUCCAGACCCUCAUCUCUCCCUACACCCCCACUCGACCUCUCCGCUCCGCCUGCACUAGAAGACUGGCUCUACCUCCGCUACGCUCCCCUGCCUCCCGAGCCCGCUCCUUCUCCACCCUUGCUCCGCAGUGGUGGAACGACCUUCCUACAGAUGUCAGGACUGCCCAGUCCCUGACCACAUUCCGGCGCCUCCUUAAGACUCACCUCUUCAAACAGCACCUGUAGAACUCCUCUGUUGUAUCCUGGGACACUAUCACCCUUCAUUUAAAUAUGCUUUAUUUUGCUCUUAUCUGCCCCCUAUUUUACUGCAUUUAAUCCUGUACCUCAGAAUAUUGUA